AUGCUUUCUUCUCGUCGUCUGUUAUCACUUACCGCGUUGGCGGUGCUAGUCUCUGGCGCCGUCGUCAACGUCGUCCCCCCAGCUCAACAAGGGGUUCCCAAUUCGUUCGAGAACACCCUCGUAGUCGCGGGCACAGAGACCGACAUCGAGACCAUCGUCUCUACCGCCGAGAUCGUCGACCAGAAGAGCGGCCCCGCCGUCGACGAAGAGCCCAACCACCCAAUCGCAGAGACCGUCAUCACUGCUGUCGAUGGCGAAUUGACGGAAGCUGGCAUCUCAGGCUCGUCGUCGUCAUCGUCUUCGCGACGAUCCUUGACCUCAGUUCACAAGAAGCGAGGCAUCGAGGAUUACGAGAUGGUCUUUGACGGGACAGGAACUAGCGCCGAAGCUCGAGACGCGUCUAUCCAAGGAACCGCGUACCUGACGUUUACCCUCGUCAAUAACGCGACGUACAACAUCGAGGCGUGUCUCGAUUUUUGCUCGUCCGUUCCUCAGUGUGUUUUCGCUAACUUGUACUACGAGUUCAACAACUACGGACUGGACUUUGAAGCACGCGAACAGUCCAACCUCAAGUGCGCGUUGUACGGAGACGUGCACACCGAGGCAGAGAAGACCAACUUUGGCAAUCAGCAAUCGUAUCCGGAACCCGCUCCGUUGAUUUACAUCCAACAGAGUAGCGGCUGGGCUGCAAAGACUCUUGUAGAGCCUGAAGAUCCUGAAGGCUACGAGCUUGUUUUCGGUCCCACCAAUGGAGCCAAUAACGCGCCAGGUUACAUGGGCUUCGCGUUCCUGGAUAAAUACGACGUUGGUGCCUGCGCUCGCGAGUGCAACCAGCGCGGUGCAGACGGAAACGGUGGUGCAUGCCAGUACUUCAACAUCUGGCGUGCAGUGGUCAAUGGAAACCCUACCACAUACACCUGCAGCAUGUACUACAUCCCCUCGGACGAAUCCACCGCAGUGAACUACGGACAAGGCGACCUCCAAGUCACCUUCUCCCGCGGUUACAGACGCAAGAACUUCCUCCCUGACGGCGGAUUCGAAGGGUACACUGCCUGCUCCUCCUUCUGCUACACCGAAUCAUACGCCAACUGGAUCGGAACGAGCCCAAGCGGUGGAUUCCAGGACGCCACGAUCUUCCACUACCCGCCUUACGCCCACUCUGGGCACGGAUCUGCUCUCCUCGGUAGCGCCACCGGACUUGACAACCUCCCCGGUGAACUCACUCCCGCCUCCCCAUUGCAGACUGUCGCUGGGAAGAAAUACCAGAUUGCGUUCUUCCAGAAUAGCGCCUUCUCUGGACCUACUUUACAAGUCGAUGCUUUCGUCGAGGUCUUGUGGAAUGGCCAAGUCGUGAGGAGGAUUGAACCUGGCUUCAGCCAGUGGUCCUUCUAUGCUGUGGAGGUUACAGCCGUUGGUGAAGAUGUUCUCACUUUCCGUGGCGGAAAGGCACCUGCCUGGACCUUCCUCGAUGAUAUCGCUGUUUGGCAACUCUGAUGGACUGCCUACUAUGCUUGUGUAGAGUCCCUGUGUAUCAUAAAGCUACCGCUUGUGCCCGUAAUAUUAUUCACGUUCAA